AUGUCAACAUCACAUAGGGAGAAUGUUGCCCGUGAGUUUAUAGCUGGUGCUGAAGUUGGAGUUAUAUUUGAAAUUAACACUAUAAAAGCAAGUUAUAAUAUUCUUCAUCCAUUUGCUGAUAUUUCUAAGUUGAGCGUAAUACAAGAUGAAGAAGAAAUUUUAUUCUUUGCUGGUACAGUUUUUCGUAUUAAUUCUGUCGAGAAAGAAAAUGAUUCUACAUGGAUUAUUAAACUUACCCUAUGUAACCAAACAGUCGAACAGAUGGAGCAACUAAUGGAUGCUAUCAAAGAGCAGUUAACUUCUAUAACAUGUUGGGAUCAUUUGUAUAUGAAAAUAGAUGAUUGGAUGCGAUUCGGGAAAUAUUACAAAAUAUUAACAGGAAGAACAUUUUCAUGGAAGGAUAUAAUGACAACACUGGUCGGUAUUGAUUUCUAUUAUCUAAUGAGCAUUUUAGGUGAUUACGAAACUGCUAUAGAGUACUACAAAGAGCUUUUAUGGGAUGAAAAAUUUAUAGAUGAUCAAAAAUGCCUUGUUCUUAAUAUGAUGAUUGGUUACAAUUACUUUCAUCUUUUCGAAUAUGACAAUGCUUUAUUUCACUAUGAUAUUGCAUUGUCAUCAUUAGAUGAUAACAAUAAAUUAAUACGUGAAGUUUAUAUUCUUAUUGGUGAUGUAUGGAGAGCAAAAGAUAAUGUUGAAACUGCAUUAUCAUAUUAUAAAAAAAGCAUUAGAAACUAUUAUGAAUGA